AUGAUCUUAUUAGAUUUAUUGAGUCUUUCGGUUAAUAUUUUAUGUCUUAUACAAAAAUUACCACAAAUUAUUCGUAUUUAUAAAACAAAAAAUGUUGCUAGUAUUUCAAUAUCAUCUGUCUUACUUGAAGAAACGGCUUAUACAUUAGUUUUAACUUAUAAUCUUUGGAGAAAUUAUCCAUUAUCGGCAUUUUUUGAAUAUAUAUUUCUUUUUAUACAAGAUAUAUUUCUUCUAUGGGCAUUGGCAAAAUAUUCAACAAAAGAUAAAGAUAAACAGAAUGACGGAUCAAAACCUUUAUAUGGAAUAUUAAUUUUUUGUCUUUAUCUAGCAGCAAGUUCGUUGAAACUUCUACCAAAAAAAUGGAUGAGUACUUGUACUAUGUUUGUUAUUCCUAUUGGUGCUUCAUCAAAAAUAAUUCAAUUGCGAACAAUUCUUUCAAAUAAAAGUGCUGGUCAAGUUAGUCGAACUGGUUGGGCAAUUGCAUCUUACAGUAAUUUUGCUCGAAUAAUUACAAAUCUUGUUCAAACAAAAGAUAUGAGUAUGGUGAUAAAUUUAUUAAUUAGCUUCGUUCUUAAUAUUUCAAUUGUGAUCGCUUGUACGAUUUAUUCCAAUGAUUCUGUAUCAAAACUGACAGAUAGAAGAAAGAAAAAGACAACAUAA